GGGAGGGCGGAUGGCGGGACCUCGGGGCUGAGCGCCCAAGGGAGGGAAAGGUGCUCAAGGAAACCGAGCAAGCCGGGUACCCGAGGUGACGGCAAGGAGAGUCCACGGCCAGCAGCCGCCGAGCCGCCCUACACCUUAUGCUCCGACGCAGAGCAGGCGGGAGAGCGAGGACGCGCGGGCCCCUACGCGCCGGCCCCGCUGGGGAGCAGGGGUGACAUGUCCCACGAGCGGCCUCCGCGCACUGACAUCCCCCGCAAUCUGAGCUUCAUAGCGGCGCUGACCGAGCGCGCCUACUACCGCAGCCAGCGGCCGAGCCUCGAGGAGGAGUCGGAGGAGGAGCCGGGGGAGGGCGGGACCCGGCCGGGCGCCCGCUCGCGGGCACACGUUCCGGGCCGGGGGCGCAGGGCCCGCUCGGCACCCGCAGGUGGCGGCGGGGCGCGGACGGCCCGCAGUCGCAGCCCGGACACUCGCAAGAGGGUGCGCUUCGCCGACGCGCUGGGGCUGGAGCUGGCCGUGGUGCGCCGCUUCCGCCCGGGGGAGCCGCCCCGGGUGCCCCGCCACGUGCAGAUGCAACUGCAGAGGGACGCCUUGCGCCACUUCGCGCCGUGCCCGCCGCGCACCCGCGGCCUCCAGGAGGCGCGCACCGCCCUGGAGCCUGCGCUGGAGCCCGGCUUCGCCGCCCGGCUGCAGGCGCAGCGCAUCUGCCUGGAGCGCGCCGACGCGGGCCCCUCGGGCGUGGCCGGGAGCGCGCGCGUGCUGGACCUGGCCUACGAGAAGCGCGUGAGCGUGCGCUGGAGCGCGGACGGCUGGCGCAGCCUGCGGGAGUCGCCCGCCUCCUACGCCGGCCCGGCCCCGGCCCCGCCGCGGGCCGACCGCUUCGCCUUCCGCCUGCCUGCGCCUCCGGUGGGCGGCGCGCUGCUCUUCGCCCUUCGCUACCGCGUUACCGGCCGCGAGUUCUGGGACAACAACGGCGGCCGUGACUACGCGCUGCUGGGGCCCGAGCACCCUGCCGGCGCCGGGGUCGCGGAGCCCCAGGGCUGGAUCCAUUUUAUUUGAGGCUGGGCUCCUGCUGGCCACAGCAGGGGGGAAAAAACCCGAGGGACCUAGGCGUGGGGGCUGGGGAGGGCGCGGUGGCUCCAGGAACCGGGGAACCACCGUUGGCAGAUGAGUGGCGAGGGGUCCCAGGGAGUCGAGCGGAGGUGGCUUGAAACCCGCCUUCGAAACUCGGAGAGAUUGGGGUGGCUGUAAGUGCGAGGAACUCAAGAAAGGAGAAAGGAGGCCCAGAAGGGCUCUGGAAGGUCAAGACUCCUUGGGCUCGGAAGCGUUGUGGAUCGAGGAGUCUUGAUGUGUGAAGUCCAACCCAGUGAAGUCACUCGGAUUGCUUCCCUCUUACUGGCCUUACCACCUCAGCUCCCAUGUCCUGCCGUCCUAUCUUCACCUGAGCCGAAAUUGCCUUGCUUCACCCCAGGAAUUUGACCAUUGCCCCUGACAGUAGGACAGGAUUUCCUCGUCCCUCAGCAGUUCGUGGCUUCCAGCUUCAAGAGUGGGGGGUUAUGUCAGGUUGUGCUUUUUGAGUUCCUUCAGCCACCAGGCAAGCCUCCUUAGGAAUAAAGAUGGCGGCAAAAGGAACUCCUGGCCCGCCCUUAGAGCCAAAUAGUGAGGCAUCUAGGCUUCCAAAACGAUGAAUGCCAGCCUUACUUUUCAAACCUCUGAGCACUUUAUGGACUGUUUGGCAAGGGACAGCGAAUCAUGAAAAUCACUACGGAUAUAUUCUUUGUGCCUCUUAAAAGAGGAAAAACCCACCACUAAGCAUCUCUAUGAUUGAGCAGGUUUCUUUAUGUCUUUGGGCUCUAGUUUCCUCCGUGAGAAAUUAGGUGACCCCUAAGGCUACCCCUUUUGUUGUUGUUUGUUUGGACAGGGUCUCUAGUCCAGGCUGGCCGCCAGCAUCUCAAGCCUCCUGCCCUAACCUCUGCCGUGCUGGCCUUAUUGGUGUGACCACUAUACCUCAGGAGCUACUUUUUGGCAUUUUUUGAAUCUGUUCGUAGCACAGCGCAGGUUAGACACGACAUCCUUCAGCAUAGUGCUAUGCGCAAAGACCGCAGAGCAGGCCAGCUAUGGUGGCACACGCAGGGGCACUGAGUUUGAGGCCAGCCAGGGCCACGUGAUUACCAAGCUAUCCUGGACACCCAGCACUGUGAGCCUGUGGCUGCAGAAGAGGAUAGUUCCUCAUGUUUUGGGGGCACAAAUGAUCCAGGACCCCGGAAGCGACCAGCAGAUAGCCUCAGUGCAUCCCAUAGCCCCCAAGCCAUACCUCACCCUGUGCCCUUUGGUUUUUGCUCUUUUUCCUCCACAGACUUCCAGCCUGGGUCCCCUCAGAAAAUGGAGAAGAGUAUUGCUGGUAGGGGAAGUGAUGUUUGGGAGCCCCAGAAUGAAGCAGUGCCUGAACUCUGUUGGAGAAAACAUUACGGGCAUAAGAAAUAGGAAACAGGAAUACCAGCAGUUUGAGCACUAAAUAGCACCAGAAGGUGGCACUUUGAUCCCUAUCCUGAGCCGAUGAAAUGGAAAGCCCCGAGCCUUCCAUGAUACCCGUUAACACUUCACAUCUUUAGGUGGGAGUCAGGCUGGGCUCUCUGCUAGACAUCCCCCCAUCCCUACUGUAGCUUCUUUUCUCUGAGGCCAGAGUUGAGCCACCUUCCUCAGCCACCUCCUUGACGCUUCUCCCAAGGAGAAAGAAUUCCUGUUACCACUGGACAAGGACUUACCAGGUAACUGGUUUCCGGCAUCCCAUUGCUUUGCCAACUUCUCGAAGGACAGUUUCUCGCUCCCCCUCCUGUGUGCCAGGUACCCACACAUACGUUCAGAAUUCAGUUUGGGGCUUGUACCUUUGCCCCUCCGGUCAUUCCUCAGACAAAUGCCCGUUUAAGCUGUGAAGAAGACUCACGUAUCCCAUGGAUCUCCGUCAGGUUCAGCACAGUAAAGGGAGGAGCCGUCCUUGGAAACUGCCAGACAGUGCACUCUCUAGUGUCCAAAACGAGCCCAGGGGCACUGGGUUGACGUUCAGUUGUGACAUCAUUCCUAAUGUGUGCGUGUUCCCUGUAGCCCCCAUCUAACUUCUGCGUGCUGAAUGUGUGCUACGUGCAUGUUUAAGUGGCACGGUGACUCGAGUGUUAUUGUCCCUGCUAAGCUCAUCAGUUUGUUCAGGAUGGCCUCGUUGUGAGCCCAGGAAGUCCCCACAGUCUCGGUGUAACCAUGGUGGUAUGUAUUUGUUUGUUUAUUUGUUUAAGAACAAAAUUAAAAACUUUGCUCAAUAGCUAUCAUCUGCCAUCGGGAGAGACUGCCAUUCUGAUUAUGCUGUGCCUUCCUGUCCUCGAAGGGCCACAGAUGUUUUUCCUGCUGUCUCCCGUGCCAGCAUUGCAGCUCUGCAGGGUCAGCAAGGCCCGCCUGCCUGCUAGAGAACUUGGGAACCUCCAUAAGUGCCAGCUCUCCAAACAGUGGGGUUCUCUUCUGGCUGAAGCCUACCCUCUAUGCCACCAGUGUGCCUCCCUCCCUCCCUCCCCCUCCGUUACCCUUGCCUUGGUAAAUUCGUUGAUGUUUCCUUGAGAGAGGUUCAGACUCAGAGCAGCUGCUAGGCAGUUUUUGCUGGACUCCCUCCCUAGGACCUCCGGACCUCUGGAAAUACCAAGUGGAUGAAUGUGAGCUUAGGAUAGGGUCACAAGUCAUCCUGUGUUCUCUGUAAGAGGUACUGUGGCUUGUUCACACCCCCAUUCUCAGCGUUGUAGACAAACAGGACUCUUCCAUUU